CUCUCUCUCGGAAGAGGAAGGGGUGGUGUGUUUUUCACCAACCCAUGAUCGUGUUCUUCUGUCUGGAGCAAAAGGGCAAAGAGGUCCAAAGUGCAGUUUUGCAGCCUGCCGCGGUUCCUCAGAGUAUUUUAUCCACCUUGUGGGUGUAAAACAUGUCUGAAAGCAUGAUGCUGUACUGGGGCUCGGGAUCUCCUCCAUGCUGGAGAGUCCUGAUCGCUCUGGAGGAGAAGAACCUGCAGGGGUUUCAACACAAACUGCUCUCUUUCGAUAAAGGAGAGCACAAGAGUGAGGAGGUGAUGAAGCUGAACCCGAGAGGACAGCUUCCAACCUUUAAACAUGGAGAUGUGGUGGUGAAUGAAUCCUUCGCUGCCUGCUUGUAUCUGGAGAAUCAGUUUAAGUCUCAGGGCACUCAGCUGAUUCCGGAUGAUGUGAAGGAGCAGGCGCUCGUGUUGCAGCGUGCGUUUGAGGCCCUCGCACUGCAGCAGAAAAUGUAUGAGUCUCUGUUCUACAAUCACGUCGUCCCUGAACCUGAGCGACAAGAAUCAGCACUGAAGAGACACAUGGAGAACCUGAAGACUGAAAUCACACUGUGGGAGGGUUACCUACAGAAGAUGGGUAAAGGAUCGUUCUUGGCUGGAAGAAACUUCUCUAUGGCUGAUGUCAUUUUCUUCCCUGUCUUUGCUUUCCUCCCACGAUUUGGGCUGAGUAAGGAGCGCUAUCCCAACCUGAUGGAGUAUUACGAGAUGCUGAAGGAGCGUCCGAGCAUUAAAGCCUCAUGGCCUCCUCACUGGGCGGACAAGGCUACAGCAGGGGACACACUCAAAGACCUGUGAGGACACAGCGAAGGGAUUUGGAACAGAGCCGCUCACUACCAGCUGUACUACUGUUCUACAAAUAAAGGCUUCUACUCUAAUCUUCUAAUGUAACGCCAACACGAUCGUCUCUCUCUCUUUACUUCCAGUAUAUAACACAAGUCCAAUUUAACCGCCACUUUUUCUGUACUAUUACAUGUUAUUUUCUUCUUUAAAGCUGAUUUGAAGAAAAACUAAAUGUUUAAUCUGAUCUCAUGACAUUCAGCAAUUUAUAGCACUUCAUUUUGAAGCUCACUAUUUUUCUAAAACAACUAUAAAAUGUACAACAAUGAACAUUUAAAGAUUAAAGAAUAGCAAUGUAAAAGAAA